AUGCCCAUCACUACUCAUGUUGGUGCACUGCGAUCUCAAAUUAAUGCAACUACAACCGUCAUAGUUAACAAAGCGAUAUUAAAAGGUCAAGUGAGAGCACAGACAUCUACAGCUUUGCUCGACACAUUAGAAUGUUCUAUCAUUAAUCAACAACGGUCGAUUUCGCAAACUGGACUUAUACUUCAAGUUAAUAGUGUUGGCGAUCGAACAGAGAAACAACUGGAAGAAGAUGUUGAUAUGCCACUCGAAAGUUCAUUUCGUGAUCAAGAUUUGGUGUCGUCUACUACUACUAGUAAAGAGAAAGUCAUUGAACAAAAAAUCAAUAAACCAACAUCACCUUCAUCAUUAGUAGUUUUAUCAAAAUUAUCAUCCGAUUCAAUAUUAUCAUCUAUAACUACGGAAGUUAUUAAAGAAGCUCAUCCGGUAUUGUUAUUCGCAUCCUCAAAUGAAAAUGAGAGUGACGUUACCAGCAAUCCAGUAGUGAAACGAGAUAUUAUUGUUGGUUAA